ACCACCAUCAUCUCCACCGACCUUCAGCGCCAGUUCUCGUCACUACCACUAACACCAACCUUCACACCCCCAACAACACUUUAACACGCACGCACGUCGCAACAUGUCUGGACGCGGAAAAGGUGGCAAGGGUCUCGGCAAAGGUGGUGCUAAACGUCACCGUAAGACUCUUCGCUACAACAUCCAAGGUAUCACGAAACCCGCUAUCCGUCGUCUCACUCGCCGUGGCGGUGUAAAGCGUAUCUCUGGUCUCAUCUACGAAGAAACCCGUGGUGUCCUCAAGAUCUUCCUUGAGAACGUUAUCCGGGAAUCCGUCACCUACACUGAGCACGCUAACCGGAAAACUGUCACGGCUCUCGACGUCGUCUACGCCCUCAGGCGUUCUGGUCGUACCCUCUACGGAUUUGGUGCUUAGACUCGUGUAAUAUGAUUGCUUCACUAUACACUGCCCACUUUAUGAUUCUGUUCUCGACAUGUACUACCAUUUGAAUGCCUAUUACAAUCUAUGUUCUGAUACUCCC